UCUGGUUGUAGUGGCAGUAUUGGCCGAGCCGCGGUGUGUCAUGGAGGCGUCAGCUGGCAUCGGGUAGCGGCCACACUCUGCCACACCUUCCCCAGCCCACUGACACACGCAAUGGCAGCAUCCUUGACCACAGCAACCCCCUCGAGGGACGCUGUCAGAAUCAAAGUCAUCCAGCACAGUGAAUGUGAGGUGGACUCCCAGUGCUGUCGGUUCAGUGUUGACCCAGAGCUGACGGGCUAUGAGGUGCUCAGGAACCUCAUCGCCAGAGCCUUCGAUCUCAAGGGAGACUACCAGACUUGCUACUUAGCUCGUGAUGACCGCUUCCCUGAGGCCUGCUGGGUCCCACUCCUCUCAGACUUCGACCUGGAGAUGGCCUUUGUUAAAUCUGCAGACCCUUAUUUGCUGGUCAGGGUUGACUUAAUGUCUUCCAAUGGCACCUGGGAGGCUGUGACCAGCAUGGACAUUCCUAAGCUGUCCCUUCCUGACCUGCCAAAGAACAACUACUCCGUCAAGCUGCCAGUUCUCUUUAAGGAAAAGAUGGAGAAAACACUGUCAGCUGUCCAGAAGGUCCUGAGCUGGAAUGAGGAGGGUGAGGACUCAGUCAGACCAGCCAGACCUCCACUCACUGACUCAGAGUUCCAGCAGAUGCUGAACGGUGUCGGGCAGCUUGCUCACCCCAAGGAACUGCGGCUGUGUGUCUACCACCGAGGCCUGGAACCCUCCCUCAGGAAGGUGGUUUGGAAACACCUGCUGAAUGUGUACCCUGAAGGUCUCACAGGGCGGGAGAGACUAGACUACAUGAAGCAGAAGACCAAGGAGUAUGAGGGCCUGAAGGCAGUGUGGCAGGAACACCUGCAGAAUGAAGAGCUGGUGAGUGAGGAGGUGAAGUACGUAACCAACAUGGUGCGCAAGGACGUCCUGCGCACCGACCGUCACCACCCUUACUUCAGCGGCACAGAUGACAACAUCAACAUCCAGAGCCUUUCAAACAUCCUGACCACGUAUGCCCUGCACCACCCUUCUGUUGGGUAUUGCCAGGGCAUGAGUGACCUGGCCUCCCCUCUGCUGGUGACCAUGAGGGACGAGGCUCAGGCCUACGUGUGCUUCUGUGCCCUCAUGGCCCGGGUCCACUCAAACUUCCACAUUGAUGGGGUCGCCAUGACUCUCAAGUUCCAGCACCUCACUGAAGCGCUCAUCUUCUAUGACGAGGAGUAUUAUGCCUACCUCCGCCUCCACCAGGCGGAUGACCUGCUCUUCUGUUACCGCUGGCUGCUGCUGGAGCUGAAGCGUGAGUUUGCCUUUGACGACGCCCUGCACAUGCUGGAGGUGCUGUGGAGCUCCCUGCCCCCAGACCCUCCCGAGGAAACACUGCCUUUGUUGGAGGUACAGUUUAAUCCCGUGAAGGUAGAAAGGCCCGUGCCGCCGCCAACCCCUCGACAAAACCACUUUGCUAACGUGUGUGCCCUGCGGAGACAGCGGUCCACCUUGUCAAACAGGAGUGCCGAGUGCCUUGCUGCCAUCCUGAGCAGACGUGCAGCUAGCAUGGAGUGUGACGGGCCAGAGUAUCCAGCGGGGGUCAAGAAACUCAGCCGCACUUGGUCCCAGCCUAUCGACACUUCUCAAGUCCGAGCUCGAGUACCCAGUGGAGAGACUGCCAUGACUGUAGAUAAGAUAAGAGAGGAGAGCAGUUCCCCAGAGGACAGUCCCAGUAGGAACACAAGAAAGAUAAAGAAUUUAAGAGAAUUCCAACUCUUAACUAAAGUAAGAGAUUCUGAUAGUGAUAGUAAUCCAGGAUCUCCCUUAAAAGAAAAGACUGUUUGUAAGAAAAGCAAGGACACAAACACCAAACUUACAACUUCAAAUCCAAAAACAGCAAACAGUUCUCGAAGGUGUUUCUCAGACUCUGAUGCAACAGACAUGGCUGUUCCCAUGUAUUCAGAUGGUGGCGAGGUGGACGUGUGGCAGAACCCCGUGGCAACACUCUCCCCAGAAGUGGAUCAGCACUUACAGAUCAUAUGUCAGGAGGAGAAACCCAGCAGUGUCAAGCAGCUAGUUCCCAAAGCUAAUGGGGAACACAAGCAGGCAGAGGAGGAAGGGGCAAGCCAAAACACCAUGACAGCCAGCGUGAACUCCUGUGAGGAAGUGACGGAGGUGACUGGCUGGCAGGUGACCAUGAGUGACGGCAGCUCCCCACAUGUCACCUCGCUCCUGCCGCCUGAAGAAUUUGGCGGCGGCAACCCUUUCCUGAUGUUCUUGUGUGUGACUCUCUUGCUGCAGCAUCGCAACCACAUCAUCAAGAAUAAGAUGGAUCAUAACGAGCUGGCUAUGUAUUUUGACAAGAUGGUGAGGCAGCACAAUGUGACCAAGGUCUUGGGUCAUGCACGCCGCAUGUACGAGAACUACCUCAAAUUAGAUUUUUCUAAGAUGCGCUCUAAAACCACUCCCCCCGGCUCCUCCAACGACCACUCGUGUUGAUUGUGGAUCGCCUGGGAUUUGAAAGCUUUGUGAUCACCAACACAUCAAUAGUAGCAAGUUGCCCGGUAUUUAUGUCUUAUAUUUCUUAGCCGUUCUUAUGGCAGAUUCCAUUGUUUGUUUGUUUUUGUUUGUUUUUCAGAUUUGUUUGUUUAUUGACUCAUUUCCUAGACGAUGAAUAUUAGUCAGCUAUUCAGGGGACUUAUGGAUAGUCUAGAAGUAAUGUUAGUGCACAUGUACUAUUUUCAUGCAUUCAUGUAUCCAAUGCACAAUGUGUAGCUUCUAACGAAUCAACAUUCCACAUAUCAUAAGCACAAAAUGUGAAACAAACAUGAUGCAUUUGAGGUUAGAGUUGUCCUGCAAACUCAUCCUGUUCACUCACUUGCCAAAGAUAUGAUACUUGAGCAAGUAUUUUUUGAAGUGCUUUUUGCAUGUCAUAAUCAUUAGUGACAGUAUCAGUUAGAUCAAUGUUCAUAGAAUGACACAAGUGAUGCAUUUAAGCUGCACAACAACACACGUGUAGGUGAACCAAAUUAAAAUAUCUUGUAUUUCUGAAAGUUAUGUGCAUAUGAAUAUUAUUCAGAUAUAAUGGUUAUGAUAUAUAUAUAUA